CUAAGAGACCAUCAUCAUGUCAGCUGGGAAUCACAGCUUUGUGACAGAGUUUAUUAUCGUUGGGUUCCCUGGACUUCAGCCAGAGUUCUACGGCCUUGCCUCAACUGUAUUAUUCUUGGUGUAUUUUUGCACUGCAGUAGGAAAUGUUAUUAUUCUUGUAUUGUUCGCAACAGACCGGGAUCUCCACAAACCCAUGUAUUUUGUUAUUUUACAUCUGGUUGUUUCUGAUGUUCUCUUUAGCACCACCACAUUACCAAAGAUUAUUGCCAGGUAUUGGUUUCAAGCAGGAGCCAUUUCAUUCACAGGUUGUUUUGUCCAGAUGUACUUAGUGCACUAUUUUGGAACUGUAAAUUCAUACAUUCUAUUUAUAAUGGCUUUAGACCGAUAUGUUUCAAUCUGUUUUCCGCUCAGAUAUCCAAUGAUUAUCAAAAACUCCACUAUUCAUAUUCUCAGUGCCACUGCGUGGAUUGUUGCGAAAGCCUGCCCAUUGAUGAUGGUAAUCAGGGCCUAUCCUCUUCCUUACUGUGACUCAAACAAAAUCAUGCAGUGCUACUGUGAUCAUAUCGCUAUAACAACGCUUGCAUGCACAGAUAGGGCCCCUUAUAGUUUUCCUGCUUUUAUCUUUGCCAUGCUGGCAUUACUGGGACCUCUUGCUUUUAUUAUAUUCUCAUAUUGCUCUAUUAUUGUGGCAGUUCUUCAGAUUGCGAGCACCCAAGGCCGCCUCAAAACCCUUUCUACCUGCAGUGGUCAGCUGAUCAUCAUUGCCCUGUAUUAUCUCCCCAGGUGUUUUAUUUAUCUGUCCAGUAAUAUCGGCAUUAGAUUCAGCACUGAUUUACGCAUUGUUAUUAUCAUGUUGUAUAGCCUGCUCCCUCCCCUGAUCAAUCCACUGAUAUACUGUUUCAAAACUAAACAUAUAAAACAGAGCUUGAUGAAAAGAUUCAAGAAGCCAAUUGCUCCACAGAAAGAUGAUGUAUUUGCUGUAAGCCAAUGA